UGGCUCUAAAGUCCCACCACCACCAAUGGAAAGCAAUACAACAUUGCCAAACAGUUCUGUGGUUGUUAUCUCGCCUCAAUACUGCACACCAUAUCAAGUAGAUCUCUAUAUUGCCAAGACAGUUAAAAAAAUAACAGAAGGUAGGCACUUAGGAGUUUUUGAUAUCAAUGGCAAUAACAUCUUCAAAGUUAAAACCAAUGGCUUUUUCAGCAGUCGACUUACCAUUGUAGAUGCUGCCGGAGUUCCAAUUGUAUCUCUGAAACCAGUGUCUUUUUCUCUACUAGGUACGUGGAAAGUAUAUAGAGGAGAUAGCACAGACUCAAAAGAUCUGUUGUUUACUGUAAGGGAAUCUAAGUUUUUCCAACUCAAGACUAACUUGGAUGUGUUCUUAGCAUCUAACACAGCUGAGAAUGUCUGUGAUUUUAAGAUCAAGCAAAGAGAUAGGAAAAAAACUUGUUUUAUAUAUCGAGGGAAUUCGGAUAACAUCAUUUCCGAGAUGCAUAAAAAUAAGGCUGUCCGAGAUAAAGUUCGUGGGAAGGACACAUACUCAGUCAAUGUCAAACCAAACGUUGAUUUUGCGUUUGUUAUUGCUAUGCGUGUGGUUCUUAAUGAGUUUAAUCAGCCUAUGAACACAGGCGGUGGUGGGGUUGAUGGUGGUGGCGGUGGCGGGGGUGGAUGUGGUGGUGGUGGCUGAUACGGAGUUGGUGUGGAUGUUAAGAAACUCAAUUAUGAUAUAUAUUUGUUUUUGAUGAGUCACUAAGGUUUUGGUGUUGAUAAAUUACAAACUCCGAUCAUCCGGUCCGAUGUAUUGUUGUAUAAGAGUGAUCCCUUGAAUGUGUAACGUACUUGUGUGUGUGUGUUGGUUAUGUGCACAUUUACCUUUGGUACCCAAAAUAUUAGUAUUAAGAACGAUGCUGUAAAUAUUUGAAGUAUUGUAUGGAUUUUCUGAAAUCCACUUGAAAUAUUUCUCUGUAGAAAGAUAAAUUUAAGUUCCAAUCGAAUUAAUGUUCCCUGA